AGCCUAGUAAGUGGGUUACUAAGAGUUUGAGAGCUUCUUUAAUACCAACUUUUUUAUUUGGUCUAAAAAAAAAUUCAGAAUCCUAACUGGAAACUGAAACCUCAAUCCUAAAUCAUCAUUUCAUCAACCAAAAUCAAUUUCAAAGCUUUUCUGUUUUGUUUUGUUUUUGAUGAUCUACCACUUUUCCUUUUCUUCUCUCAUUCAUUAUGUCUUCUUUGUAACAUUACACAAUUUGUUUCUUUCUUUUCAAUUUUCCUGAAAUGGUGCUUUGAUUCAACAACUUCAACCAUGGAGUUUCAAGAAGCUUUGAUGAAACUGGUGAUUCAUAAAACACCAACUCAUCAUCAUAAAGAUUUCUUUCAUUCAAUUUCUGGGAAAGACGAGAAAGUUGUAUCAAAGAAACAAAAAUGGAAGAUUUCGUUUCACAGAUCAUCAUCUGCGAAAACAUCUCAAUCUGGUCAUCAGGUUCAAUCCAAGUCAAUCCCUGAAGAUUUUUUUUGUCCCAUUUCAGGGUCUUUAAUGGCUGAUCCUGUUAUAGUUUCAUCAGGUCAUACUUUUGAAAGAGUUUGUGUUGAAGCUUGUAAAAAAAUAGACUUCGCACCCAUUCUUAAAGAUGGUUCAGUCCCUGAUUUCUCCACUGUUAUCCCUAACCUUGCUCUUAAAUCCACCAUUGUUAACUGGUGUCAAACUCAUCUGAUAAACCCUCCUAAACCCUUUGAUUUGUCUAAAGCUGAGGAACUUGUUCGUUCAUUAUCGUCCAAAAAGCCAAAUACCCAAAUCGAAAAAGAUGUUCCUUCGGUGAAGUUGGAUCAUGCGGUGAGUGAGUUAAUUCGUUCUAGCUCGGAGGAAUCGGUUUCUGCUGUCACUACUACACCAACUCAGCCAUUGCAACUCGCUGAUAGUCCGAGUUGCUACUCAUCAGCUUCAUCUUCCUCCGAGAUCGAGACCUUAACGGCCCCAAACAUUAACGAAGAAGAAGAGUAUUUUCUUACAAAACUGAAAAGUCAUCAAGUUUUCGACAUUGAAGAGGCAUUGAUUACGUUAAGGAAGAAAACAAGAACAGAAGAGAGUUCCAGGGUUGUUCUUUGCACGCCACGUGUACUUUCUGCUUUCAGGUCUUUGAUCGUUUCUCGGUACGUAAACAUUCAAGUGAACUCGGUCGCAGUUUUGGUCAACUUGUCAUUGGAAAAAACCAACAAGGUUAAGAUCGUACGGUCAGGGUUGGUUCCUGAUUUGAUCGAUGUGUUGAAAUCGGGAUCCCCUGAAGCGCAGGAACAUGCUUGUGGUGCACUCUUUAGCUUAGCACUUGAUGAUCAUAACAAGACAGCCAUUGGAGUUUUAGGAGCUUUGCAACCUCUCAUGCACAUGUUAAGAUCAGGGAGUGAGCGGACUCGGCAUGACUCGGCUUUGGCGCUUUACCACCUCUCACUCAUUCAGAGCAAUAAGACUAAAUUGGUUAAAAUCGGGUCGGUUCCGGUUUUAUUAAGUAUGGUUAAAUCGGGUCAUAUGACGGGUCGGGUAUUCCUUAUCCUGUGUAACUUGGCUUCGGGUUCGGACGGGCGGGCUGCGAUGUUGGAUUCGGGUGCGGUGGAUUGUCUGGUGAAAUUGUUGAAAGGGAGUGAGUUGGAUGAGCCGACUCGGGAAGGUUGUGUAGCGGUUUUAUAUGGACUGAGUCAAGCAGGGUUGAGGUUUAAGGGACUGGCUAAGGCUGCCGGUGCAGUGGAGGAGUUGGCGAAGGUGGAGCGGACGGCAAAUGGUCUGACCAGGGAGAAAGCAAGGAAAAUGUCGGAGAUGUUGAAAAGGGGGAGUGAGGAGGAGCAAGAGGAAGUGGACUGGGAGGCAUUGCUUGACUCGGGAUUCAUGACUCGGACUAAGUUCCGAUUCGGUGGUGGAAAAGACGGGUCAUGUGUGAACUCAUCCGAGUUUUGAGAAUCUUUGUUUUUCUUUUUAUUAAUUCUUUCGGUUUUUUUUUUAAAUAAUUUUUAUUCGGGUUUGUAAUUAUUGGUGGAAUUUUUUCCCUUUUAUAUAGAGUUUUCUGGCUUUUUUCCUUUGUCA